UGAUAAACAGACCCAGGCGUGCAGUAGGUUUGGGGUUUUCUGCACAAAUAGGGUAGCUGGAGUUUGCUUCAAGGCACCAAUUGACUUCUGUGAUUAUGGAGCUGCUGGCGUAAGGCCUUCAGGAGACAAUGGAGAAAAAAUGGACCUACUGUGCUGUCUAUUCCAUCAUCCAGAUUCAUUUUGUCAGGGGGGUAUGGGAGAAAACAUCCAAUACAGAAAACAUCUAUGCUUUUCCUGGCUCUGAUGUCAACCUGACCUGCCAAACAUGGAAGAAAGGCUUCUUGGUGCAGAUGCAAUGGUCCCAGGUCACUGAUAAGUUGGAUCUGAUUGCCCUUUAUCAUCCGCAGUAUGGCUUGCACUGUGCUAAUGCCAGUCCCUGUGAGUCACUGGUGACUUUCAUGGAAACUCCCAGAAAUGUGUCAACGUGGACUCUGCAUUUAAAGAACGUGUCCUCCUCACUCACUGGGAAGUAUGAGUAUAGCUUUACUCUGUAUCCAGAGGGUGUUUGGACUAAAAUCUACAACCUACUCAUUCAGACAAAUGUUACACAGGAUGAAUGGAGAAGCAGCCAUAUAAUAGAAGUACAGAUAAAUCAGACUCUGGAAAUACCAUGCUUUCAAAAUAUCUCCUCAGAAAUUUCGUCUGAGUUCACCUUUGCAUGGUUGGUGCAGGAGGAUAAUGGAACUCGGGAAACACUUAUCACUGAAGGUCACUCCAUCAGCAACUCCACAUUAUUUAAAGACAGAGUCAAGCUAGGUACAGACUAUAAACUCUACCUCUCUCCAGUCCAAAUCCAUGAUGAUGACCAGAAGUUCUCCUGCCACUUUAUGGUCAGACCUGGCAAAACCUUGAGGAGUUCCACCACAGUCAAGGUUUUUGCUAAGCCAGAAAUCCCCAUGAUUGUGGAAAAUAACUCUACAGAUGUCUUGAGAGAGAGAACAUUUACCUGCUCCCUGAAGAAUGUAUUUCCCACAGCAAAUCUCACGUGGUUUAUAGAAGGAGGCUUUCCUCAAGGUGAAGAAGGAGAAAUACACAUUACUAAUGAAGAGAGAAAAGACAAAGGUGGAUUUUUGGAGCUGAAGUCUGUUUUGACAAGGGUGUAUGGUAAUAAAGCAGGCCAAUCAAGCAACUUGACCAUCUGGUGUAUGGCUCUGUCUCCAGUCCCCGGAAAUAAAGUGUGGAAUAUCUCCUCUGAAAAGAUCACUUUUUCCUUGGGCUCAGCGAACUCUUCCACAGGCCCUCCACUUGAGGUUGUCCCAUCAACCCUUGGCACCCGACCUUCUCCAGUCAACAGCGUAUCUCCUACAAGAUAUCCAACUGUAUCAUCCACAGCCCUUGGAGAUGUCAGUACCUUGACUCCAAAUACCACCCUCCAAACCAGCAAUUCCACUGUGACUACCCAAGGCUUCAACUACUCCUGGACCUCCGGCGCGCAAGACACCAAAAACCCUUCUUGGAUGCCCAGUGAAACAUAUAGUUCAGUGCCCUCAGGAGCAAGCUCGACAAUUCAUGGUGAUGUCUUCACCAGCACAACCAGAAUAUUUUCAGAAGUUCCCGCAACUGCCAAUGGAUCAACUAAAAAUACCCACAUCCAUAUCACUGGUUUUGUGGCCAAUAAACCUAGAGAUGGAAUGUCCUGGCCGGUGAUUGUAGGAGCUUUGCUCGCUUUCUGCAUAGCAUUGUUUGGCCUUGGAGUGAGAAAAUGGUGCCAAUACCAGAAAGAAAUCAUGGAAAGACCUCCGCCUUUCAAGCCACCUCCACCUCCCAUCAAGUACACUUGCAUUCAAGAGUCCAGCGGAAGUGAUUUGCCUUGUCAUGAGAUGGAGACACUCUAGCCCCUUAAGACUUGGCUGUAUAGAACUCUGCUAGAAUCCUGCGAGAAGGUGGAUAUUGUGCUUUAUUAAUACAGUUGCCCUCUAGCCAAGCCUGUACUGCAGCUGCAAUGGGUGUCGGAAGUGAAUGACCUGUUUUCCCUGCAACUCCGCCUCUUUCAUCUGCAUGUGCCUGACACUGAGCAAGACUGAGAGGCAAAGUCAUGCUCAUACCCAGUGAGAUCUGUAGGAAUGUUCUUGCUUACGUAAGAAGUGCAAAUUAGGCUGCUGUUAUUAAAAAGUACUUGCAGUGUUUUUAUUUUUCAUUUUAGCUCUCUGGCUGGGGUGACGACAGUGGUUUCAAGCAUAUGUCCAUGCCAGAUCCUCUUCUAUUUGGGCAUCUGCCAACAAUCUGAACUAUUCGCCAAAAGUAUGUUCUUCUCUGAGGUUUGUUGCAUCUCUAGGAAAAUUACAAAAAGAAGAAAAUGUGAAAGUUCUAGCAAGAGUUCCAAAUAAGUGCAAGUAGUCUUUGUACUGAAAAUAUUUUGCUUAUUUUCACUAGAAGAAAUCCUAAUACCUUGCACAAGACACCAGUCCCAGUCCCCCUUCGUCCCACCAUGUUUUGCCCAGCUUCCUGCCCCAUGGAAUGAGGAGGGAUCAAAGGAAAACUAGCCAACAACCAAGUAGCCUAGUAGACAUAAGUAACACUUCAUUGGCCUCUAAAAUGAUAUGAACUAAGAGUGUUCUCAUCCUCAGCUUUACCUCUGUGUGUGUGUGUGUGUGUGUAUGUGUGUGUGUGUGUGUCCCCACAUGCAUGUGCAUGGGUGUAUCAAACCAUUACCAAACUGUUACAUGAAUCAACAGGCACCCUAACCCCAAUCCAUCUCCUGUAAUUCCUGUUAUUCUCUUUUUCAUCUGGGGACUCUCCUGUUCAUCCAAUCUGCAUGUUUUUAUCCAUCUUGAAAUAAAUACAGGCUCAAAUCA